CAAAAAGACAAUAAGGAAAAAUAUUGUUGUACAUUUUAAUUACACAUUUAUCUGUUCUAAUCAUGGAUUCUGGGCAAUAAAGAAAUUAUUAUAAAUUAAUAUUUAAUAACUAUUAUCUACGUAUUGAACGUUAAAAUAAUUCAAACACGUCUUAUUAUAGUCUAUAAUUCAGGACUAUCAACAAACUAUACAUACAUAUAUAUUAUAUAUCUAAAUUUGAGUAUUUUGUUUCAACAUGACGUGGAAAACCAUUUCUUUGUGCUUGUGCAUUUAUGGUGUUUUAAAAGAGUUCCGUCCAUCAGAAUCAUAUUUCAUUCCUUAUUUACUAAGUCCAAGGAUGAAUUUUACUGAAGAACAGGUUAAUAAUGAAAUACUUACUAUUGGUGUUUAUGCUUCAAUGAUAUUUAUGAUUUUUGUUUCUUUAACAACUGACUGGCUGAGGUAUAAAAUUGUAAUUGUUAUCCAAGCGUUAUGUGGUGUUUGUAUUUAUACUCUGUUAUCUUUAUUUACAAGUUUUACAUCUAUUGUUGUAGUUGAAAUUUUGUAUGGUUUGUUUGUUGCUACAGAAGUUGCAUAUUACACAUAUACAUAUUCUGUUGUGAAUGUGAAAUAUUACCAGAAAGUUACCAGUUACACAAGAGCUGCACAUCUUAUAGGGCGUUUCUUUUCAGGGUUUCUUUCUCAAGUGUUUAUUUCAACCAAAUUAGUUGAUACAUAUCAAUUAAAUUUCCUCACAUUAGGAAGUCUGACAGCUGCAAUGAUGUGGACUAUAACAUUACCAGCUGUAAAAAGAAGUGAGCCUAAGUCAGAAACUCAGAAAAUGAAUGUAAUAGAUAGAGCAUUAGAAACACAAAUAGAAAAUGAAGAUAAUGAUUCAGUUGAAAAUAGUACAGAACAUAGCAAGAUGUCAUGGAAAUAUGUUAAGUCCAUGUGUAAAGAGUAUAAGAGUUUGUAUAUUUUGAAAUGGUCAUUUUGGGUGAUAACUGCAACUUGUUGUUUUAAUCAAGUUUUGUAUUAUAUUCAAUCAUUGUGGGAAUCUUUGAGCAAUGAUGAAUGCCUUCAGAGUAGUAUUAAUAAUUGUACUAAAACUUCAGAAUGGAAUGGAGCUGUUGAUGCUGUUUAUACAAUAAUAAGUACAUUUAUUACAUUUUUAUGUGGUUCGAUUAAAUUGAAUAUGGAUAAAUAUAGUAAUUUACUUAUUAUUGUAACAUCUUUUAUCCAAUUUGCUGCUCUUUAUAUAUCAGUUGUAUAUACCUCAAUCUAUGUAUCAUACAUCAACUAUAUAAUUUAUUGCGCAAUUUAUCAAGGGAUGAUGACCAUUGCCAGCUCUGAAAUAGCGAAGUGUGUCAAUAAAGAUAAUCAUGGAUUUGUGUUUGGUGUUAAUAACUUAUUAGCUGCAACUUUACAAUCAUUAGCUACAUUUUUCAUGACUUUGUGUGGUUUGUCAUCAUCGUCUAAAAUUUUGUUUGAAUGGUAUGCUAUAUUUUGUUUAAUAAUUGGAGUAUGUUAUUUAUUUUUAUCAAUUUUACAAGUCGUUAAGAAGUAAGUUAUGAUAAACAUAUUUAAUAUUAUGGUAUUAAUUUAUCUUAGUAACUUAAAAUAUUCAUUGUUUGCUCAAUAUGAUAAUAAGCUACAGUAAACCAAAUUAUAACUAAUUGUUCAAAUAAUAUUAAUAUAAUGUUUAUUACUUUUUGUGUAAUUUUUGUAUGUAUAUUAUGUAAAAAUUUUGUAAUUUAAUACAAAGACUGUAUUUAUAAGUUAUGAAUUUAUGCCUAUUAAUAAAUACCUUGAUCUUA